CUUGCAAUUUUAUGAAAAUAAAAGUAGGAAUUAUUUACGAAUUAUUAUUAAUUACGAACUUACCGAAUGAAAAUUGGAGCAGGAACAUGGAGGAUAGCCAGAGCAUAGAGACAGCCAGACAGGAAACUUCAAACCACGGAGAUGGCGUGCCCAUAAAAAAUCUCGGCCGGCUCGGACAGGCCCUAUGGAGACAGACCCUGACAGGAUGCCGAUGAGUCAAAUAAGUAAUGGAUUAUAGCAUUAUCAAAGACAUUUAAAGCCGUUGAUUAAUUUUUUAACACAAGAAAAAAAUAAAAAAACGUCUUCCACGAUGGAGCCGGGUUUCCCGGAGGAGCAUUCCAAUUGGGAAGACAAUAUGAAUCGAGGAGAUGAUAUCAGUGGUGAGGAUCCUUCUGACAAUCCUCAACAGGUUCUCAAAGACUGUCUCGACAGAUUCAAAACACCUGAUUAUAUUAUGGAGCCUGGUAUCUUUACACAACUCAAAAGAUACUUCCAAGCUGGUGGCAACCCAGAAACAGUUAUCGAAUUGUUAUCGCAAAACUAUACAGCAUGCGCUCAAAUGGCAAACUUGCUGGCAGAAUGGUUAAUUCUUGCUGGAGUAAAAGUAACAGAAGUACAGGCAAUGGUAGAAAAUAAUUUAAAAGACAUGAUUCUAAAGAAUUUUGAUCCUAAGAAAGCUGAUAAAAUUUUCACUGAGGAGGGAGAGACACCAGCAUGGUUGACAGAGAUGAUUCAGCAUCCUACUUGGAGAUCGCUUAUUUACAGACUUGCUGAAGAAUAUCCUGAUUGUCUGAUGUUAAAUUUUACCAUAAAGCUCAUUUCUGAUGCUGGAUUCCAAGGAGAAAUCACAAGCAUUUCAACGGCUGCUCAACAAAUUGAAGUAUUCUCUCGCGUCUUGAAAACUGCUAUUGCUAGCUUCCUUAGAAAUACUGAAAACUGGCAGCAGAGUAUUCAAGAGUGUGCUAAAAUGGUAUGUCAUGGACAGCACACAUAUGUUUAUAGUCAAGUGUUACUUCAUAUUCUGGCUCAAGAACCGAAAGGUGGAUAUAUGAUGAAAAGAUUAUCGCAGGAAAUUACCAAGUGUGCUCAGCAAAAUCGACAUGAUGUUACACCAAUAACAAUGGCACUCAAUGGAACUACAAAUAGUCCUGUGGCUUGUCAAGCUUUGGCAUCUAUGUUAUCAAAAAAUACAUUGAAUCCAGCAGAUAUAACAGUUUUAUACAAAAAUUACUCAGCGGAACAGCCACCUCCUGUAGAACUUAUAAGAAACCCACAAUUCUUAGAACUUUUAGUUGACACUUUAUUCAAACCAGGAGUUAAAAUUAAUGUUGACCACAAAUCAAAAUAUAUUUACUUAUUGGCAUAUGCAGCUAGUGUAUAUGAAACAUUAAUUAGAAAAGGAGGGCAAAGAAAAAUUCAUAAAGAUGAAUUGCAGCCUACAAUACAAUCUAUUGAGAAGGUUCAUAAUACAUGCAAUACCAAUAAAGGAUCUACUGAACUUAUAGCUGAAGUAAACAAUUUAUAUUCAUGUAUACGUUUUCCAGUUGUUAGCGUAGGAGUAAUAAGAUGGGUAGAGUGUACAGUAACAGAACCAUCAUAUUUCAAAUUGUGUACAGAACACUGUCCUAUACAUUUAGCAUUGCUUGAUGAAGUUGUUUCAUGCCAUAAUUUACUGCAUCCUAAAGUUCUCAAGCUUCUGAUACAAUUAUUUGAAAGCAAACAGGAUGAGCUGGAAAUUUUAGUGCAGUUAGAAAUGAAAAAAAUGUUAAUUGAUAGAAUGGUGAAUUUGCUGAGUAAAGGUUGUGUGGUGCCAGUAGUUUCAUAUAUUAAACAGUGUUGGCAGAGAGGGGACACUGACAUAUCGUUAAUUAGAUACUUUGUAACAGAGGUGUUGGAAGCAAUUGAACCUCCAUAUUCAGGAGAAUUUGUUCAACUCUUUUUACCAAUGGUAGAGAAUGAAGAGAUAACUGGUACCAUGAGAGGAGAUGGCGAUAAUGAUUUAGUAUCUGAAUUCAUAAUAUAUUGCAAAGCUCAAGCUCCAGUGAGAUAAUCCAGGGAAUAUUUUUGAACAUUAUCAAAAAAGUACAAAUAAAGGAUAUUUUAAUAUUUUAUUGAAAAACAAAAUAAUUGGACUUUCCAACAGUUGAAUGGAUAUUCUUUGAACAUUCUGAAAAGCUAUUUAUUGAUGGUCUCCAUUCAUCU